CAGCCCGCCCGGUUAGUGUUACCCACAACACGGUGGGAAGAAAGGACCGCGACAAAGCGAUUUAACACACUCCGAUCACCUGGACUAAACACUUCUCCGCGCUCCUUGGAACUUUCUUGGCUCUGGGAUCCCUUCUUGGUGGUUCCUUGCGUCUUUAAGGAGAAGAAAUGGCGGACGAGGAGAAACAAGAAGCCACGGAACACCAGGAGGAGACAGAAGAAACGCCAGAGGAGCAAACUCCGGAACAGGAGGCUCCGGAAGAAGAGACUCCGGAAAAGUCUCCGGAGGAUCCGGAAUCUCCCAAGGAGAAGCAGGAGGACGGCGGAGGGAGUCGCGCGACCUUGACCGACAACGAGGAAGGUCAAGACAAGAAGAAAGAAAAAGAAGAAGAAGCGAAGGCACAGAAGGAGCAAAAAGAAGAAGAGAAAGAAAAGGAUGACACUGAUAAGGAAGACCCCCCAGUAGGUAAGAAGGAGGACGGUAAGACUGCCGGCUACACGUCUCCUCAAGGUUUCCGCUCCGUACAUCCGGGCACGUCUUACACCCCAAGGUCACCCAGGACACGCACAGCUGCGGACUCAAGGUCCCGUGAGAGGAAGACGAAGGAGUUUAUGAAGGAGGAGCUGAGGAGAGUCAAGACGAGUCUGAGGAAGAUCACGGCGCACAUAGAGCGGCCCCAGCUACAACCGUACCGGCCGUUUGUAUGGAACAGCCUGGCGCCCUACUACUCCACUUACAGCGUGCAGUUCCUGCUCGAUCUGCCAGAAGACGUCCGUCACGGCUACAACACCAGACAGACGGCCAUCGGGCUCACUGACCCGGAAGUGUCCUGGAGGAUGGACCACGUCAUGCUACCCAUGAUGACGUCACGACCAAUGACAGAGCCCGCUCCAACUGCGAGGAGAAGUUACGAGCCUGACACCCGGCCGCCGAAGGAAGGCAGCACACACCUCCCCAUGUUCCCUAAAAUCAACUACAGCAAGACGGAAACCGCCAGGAAAGAAAUCAUCAACUAUGGAGAGGUUCCUAAACUUAGGCAAGAGUUGAAGGCCAAGUACGGGACUGGAGCAGAGGAGCGACGGAGGGAAGACUACAGGAGAACCAAACAAGACUUCUACAGGAUGGAGCUGGACAAGUUGAAGUACAUCCACCCGAUAAACCGUGGCCACAUGAAGGCAGCCUGUACCACCUACCUGGGGACAACACCGGGGUCACAGAGGGCCAUCAGCAUGCUGGCUAAAGUACUGGACUAACUCACUUUAGUAAGCUAGGAUA